AGCAGUGUGAGUGUGAGUCGGUAGUGGUGGUGGGUUCAGGGUGGUGGUGGUCUGAGUUUAAUUCAGCGUGAAGUUCAGUAAUGCCGCUUUAAACGCCUCUGUUCAGGAGCUGCAGCGGAGAGAACACAUAUUUAACCCGGGAUAAACCGCGCUGUGAGACUGAACCAGGCUCUGGGCUGGACUGGUUUUAAAUCCAAGUUUUUCCAAGCUGCUGAAGUCUAAGAACAGUACAAUCAGGAUGACUGAGAACGGGUUCCUCCACCAUGGGAAGGUUUUGACGUUGGACUCCAUGAACCCCAAUGUAAAGCGUGUUGAAUAUGCUGUCCGUGGACCCAUAGUGCAGAGGGCUGUGCAGAUUGAGAAGGAACUGCGAGAGGGAGUGAAGAAGCCCUUCACAGAGGUCAUAAAGGCCAAUAUUGGAGAUUGCCAUGCCAUGGGCCAGAAACCCAUCACUUUCUUCAGACAGGUUCUGGCCCUGUGCUCCUAUCCCGAACUCCUGGAAGAUAACAAGUUUCCAGAGGAUGUGAAGAACCGAGCAAGACGUAUUCUGCAGGCGUGUGCGGGCGGGAGCAUUGGUUCCUACAGUGCUAGUCAGGGUAUAGAGCUGAUUCGCAAUGAUGUUGCACGAUAUAUUGAAAGAAGAGACGGAGGUAUCCCAUGCAGUCCAGACAACAUCUACCUCAGUGCAGGAGCCAGUGAUGGAAUUAUGACCAUGCUGAAGCUGUUAGUCUCAGGUGAAGGCUCUUCUCGUACAGGAGUGAUGAUUUCUAUCCCUCAGUAUCCGCUCUACUCCGCCGGGCUGGCUGAACUUGCUGCAGUUCAGAUUAACUACUAUCUGGAUGAGGCCAAGUGCUGGAGUUUAGAUGUGAAAGAACUGCGGCGCGCCCUGGAAGCCGCCAGGAAACACUGCAGGCCACGGGUUCUCUGCAUCAUCAACCCAGGAAACCCCACAGGUCAGGUGCAGAGCCGGCAGUGCAUCGAGGAUGUGAUUAAGUUUGCUGCUGAAGAAAACCUCUUUCUGAUGGCGGAUGAGGUGUAUCAGGAUAACGUUUAUGCAGAAGGCUGUCAGUUCCACUCCUUUAAGAAGGUUCUGUUUGAAAUGGGGCCGGAGUAUUCGGAAAAAGUGGAGUUGGUCUCUUUCCACUCCACGUCCAAGUGCUACAUGGGAGAGUGUGGUUUUCGAGGCGGAUACAUGGAGGUGGUGAACCUGGACCCCGAGGUCAAAGUUCAGCUCACUAAGCUGGUGUCCGUCCGACUGUGUCCUCCCGUUACUGGACAGGCUCUUCUGGAUCUGGUGGUCAAUCCGCCACAACCAGAUGAGCCCUCUUAUGCCACCUUCAUCAAGGAACGUUCACACACUCUAGCGAUGCUGGCAGAAAAGGCUAAGAUGACCCAGGACAUCCUGAACCAAGUACCAGGGAUAAGCUGUAAUCCAGUUCAGGGAGCCAUGUACAGCUUCCCCAGCAUCCAGCUCCCUCCUAAAGCCAUCGCUGAGGCCAAGGAGAAAGGCCAGGCUCCAGAUAUGUUCUACUGUAUGAAACUUCUGGAGGAAAAGGGGAUCUGUCUGGUUCCAGGCAGCGGGUUUGGUCAAAGAGACGGCACCUUCCACUUCAGGAUGACCAUUCUGCCACCUACAGAAAAGCUGAAGAUCGUUUUGGCGAAAAUAAAGGAGUUUCAUCAGAGUUUUAGUGAGCAGUACUCUUAGAGAAAUGAAACGACAGAGGAAGAUCACUGCAGUGCCUUCAUUUGACCUCUGCUGCUCCCACUAUGGACACAUUAGAAACUUUCUGAAUGUCUUUUUUCGUAGACAUGAGAAAUUUAACACGUAAUUUUCUUAAUUGUUUUUUUUAACAAAACGUUAAUUUUAGUCUAGAAUGCUGCUGUUUUUCAUUGUUUUGUGAUUCUUUUGGAAUUCGCACAAAAGAAAUGUAUAGUAUUUUUUAAAUAAAUGUAAAGGAGCUAAGAUGUGCCUUAGUGCAAGAGUAAUAUCAGAAUAUUUAACAGAAUCUACAGUGCCACCAGAGGAGACUUACUCUGCAGAACACAUGUCUGUGAAAUAAUGCUUAUUUUAAUUGCCACCUUGAAUGUAGAAUUAAAUUAUUAAUUUAUAUA